AUGAAUAUAACACCUGAUGCUGUGGAGAACUCUUUACUGAGCAUCAAUGUCAACAAGUCCAUGGGUCCUGAUAACAUCCCUAACUGGUUGCUGAAGGAUUUUGCUCCAAUUAUAAGCCGUCCUAUCUGCUCUAUCUUCAAUGCAUCUAUCUCACAAGGCUUGGUUCCUUCAUCGUGGAAAUGCACCAAUGUCAUCCCACUGCCAAAGGUACCUAAUCCUGAAAGCGCUGACAAUGAUUUAAGACCAAUUUCCUUAACAUCAGUACUGAGUCUUGUAGUGACAAUGGGAGGAAACACAUCUGUUAAUAAUUCAAAUUUAAUACGCUUUAUGACAAUUCUGACCAUGAAAUCACUGGAUAUGCCACCAUCCAGUUCUUUUAUCAUGUUCAUUUUUAGCAUCAUGAUCUACUCUUUAAUUUUGUUCUUCCACUCUGUGUUACUUGUGACUAUUGUUGCAAAAAGAGAUCUGCAUAAACCGAUGUACAUACUGCUGUUUAAUUUGUCCAUAUGUGACCUUAUGGGAGCUACAGCUUUUUAUCCUCAGCUGAUUUGUAGUAUACUGUCUGAGAUGAGAAAAAUCUCCUACCCUGCCUGUGCUUUGCAAGGCAUCGUUAUUCACCUCUAUGGGGGUGGAUCUCUUUUAUUUCUCACUGUUAUGUCUUACGACAGAUAUAUUGCUAUUUGCAAACCUUUAAGGUACCACAAUCUUAUGACACAAGGGACAGUGAUAAAAGUCAUUUUUAUGGUCUGGUCUUUUACUUGUGCAAUUAUUGGGAUUUUAUUCAUGCUCACGCUAAGUAAAGAAAUCUGCAGGACACAUAUAGCGGACACAUUCUGCAAUAAUCCUUCUUUAAUGAGGUUAAUCUGUGAGGAUACACGAGCAAUUAACUAUUAUGGUUUGUUUACUAUAGCUCUUUUUCAAGGCUGUUCCAUAUUGAUAGUGUCAUUAACAUAUAUAAAAAUCCUAAUUACCUGUCUUUCUACAAAACAGAAAAAUUCUAUAAGUAAGGCAAUGCAAACCUGUGGGACACAUUUAAUUGUUUUUCUGACUUUUGAGAUUAACGUAUUCUUAACACUGCUUUCUCACAGGUUAGAAGCAGUAUCUCCACACUUCAGAAUAACUUCAACUGUCAUGUUUCCUCCAUUUCUUAACCCUCUAAUUUACGGGCUGAAAACAAGGGAAAUUCGGCAAACAAUUUUUCAUUUCUUCCAAAGAAAGAUUUCUUCUGUCUAA